UCCGUGUUGAAAUCAUGAUAAAGGCCUCAUCUUUUUCUUACCGUGCGUUACACAACCAAACAAUUAGAACGGCCUGGUCGCUAUGGUGACCCGUAUUAUCUCUGCCGGAGUAUUUGGGAGUGUUUGAUUCGUUUGCGAGAACGGGUGGGCGUCCAUGGCGACUGCGGCGGCGCCCGUCGGCACGGUGGUGCUGGUAGACGCGGCGCUGGCCCCGUACGAGCACCCCGACCUCCGGUGGCUCGUCCGGAAGCACGUCCUCGCUGUCCUCCAGGAGUUCCCCACCCUCUCGCCCUCCGUCGACACCUACACCAGCGACGACGGCGCCUCCGCCGUGCUGCUCAACGCGCGGGGGCCCCUCGCCGUCUCCCCCGCCCUGCCGCCGAUCCUCCUCACCGUAUGGCUUCCCAGGGAGUACCCCUACCGUCCGCCGCUCGUCUUCGCCUUCCCCGCCGCGCCGUCGGCGGCGCUCGUCCCCGACCACCCCUUCGUCGACCACCGCACCGGCCGCGUCCACCGCACGCUGCCGUACCUCGAGGGCUGGAGCGUGCCGCGCUCCAGCCUCGCCGGCCUCGUGCGGAGCCUCGUCGCGGCCCUGAGGAUGUGCCACCCGCUGACGACGGCCUCCUUCGGCUUCGCCGCCGGCGACGCCAGGACCACCAGAGCCGGAGCGACGCCGGUGGAGGAGGAGCGGCGGCGCAUGCACGCGGUGCUGGUCGACGAGCUCGCCGCGAGGCUGGGCAGGGACGCCGCCGCCUUCCGCGGCGGCGUCGACGAGGACAUCCAUGCCAUGUCCUCGAUGCAAGCCGGGCUCCGGACACGGGGAGACGCCAUGGGCCGCGCCGUCCGCGACCUAGAAGAGGAGAGGACGCGGCUGGAGCGCGCCGUGACGGCCAGCCUCGCCCACCGCGGGAAGCUUCUCGCCUGGCUGCACAAGACGAGCCCGGCGCCUGAUCCGGGAGUGGCACUGGCACCGCACGCGGCUGCAGGGAGAGGGGACGCGCCGCGGUGGUUGGAGAGCAAGGCGGCGGAGCUCGCCGCGGACGACGCCAUUGACACCCUUGGCCGCGCGCUGGAGAACGGGGAGCUCAGCUUCCAGGAGUACAUCAAGCGCGUGAAGAUCCUCGCCAGGGAGCAAUUUUUCCAUUGCUAUGCAGCGUCCAAGUCGACCUAGUGAUCGAUUGCAGUAGUUGAUAUCUUUCUUCAUUUUAUUCGUUACUCUGUUUGGCGGAGACUCUACAUUCAGUAGGUAUCAUGGUUCAACCUUACUUCUUAUUUAAUUUGGCGGUACAUCUUGUGUUCAGAAAAUGCAAUUUUUCUCAGAAAUCUACAAC